AUGGCGCAGAAGCACUUUUACCCUUCCCCACCUACCACUGGCAGACAUGAUUCACAAAUAUCCCCAGAGCAAGGCAUUCCGCCAUGCCCUAACUUUCACGACCUGAAAUUGAGGAUCCUCACCCACGGCACGGACACAUUGGAGUUUAUUGUCUACACUGGAUACGUAACAAAGGAAUUUUUGGAAAGGUUCCAUGAUCCGUUCAAAGCCCCGCUCGAUGAUGACGAUGCUACCGUUUCAGGCCUCAAGAUCGAAUACACAAGGAUUCCUAUUUGGCCGAUUCUAGAGCUACGAGAGACUUAG